UUCGUCUCCAGUGCAAACAGUUAAUCUCUCCCAGCAUCAUGAGCUACUACAGCGGCUACAACAGAGGCCUGGGCUUCGGCUAUGGCGGCUUCGGAGGCCUGGGCUGUGGGUGUAACAGCUUCCGGAGACUGGGCUGUGGCUCUGGCUAUGGAGGUUAUGGAUAUGGCUCUGGCUACGGAGGUUACGGAUAUGGCUCUGGCUACGGAGGUUACGGAUAUGGCUCUGGCUACGGAGGCUACGGAAGCUACAGAUACGGCUGCUUCCGCCCUUCAUGCUAUGGAGGGUAUGGGUUCUCCAGCUUUUACUGAGUGAAUUGCUUAUCUUCAGACUAUCUUCAUUAUUUUGUCCAUAGAGAAGAAAAAUGCUCUCUUGUGGUUUAUUAACUUCUUGCUCUG